UAGGCAUCAUGGGCUCUGGUGCUGAAGCUCUGGAGGAACGUGUGGAGAAGAUGCUAAAUGGAGAGGGGCUUGAGGUCACUGAUCUUGACUUGAUGACUGACCAGCUGCAGGCAGUGACACUGAGGAAAACUGUGUGCUAUAUUGUGAGUGCAGUCAUUUUCAACGAUAAGGGGGAGGUGCUGAUGGUGCAGGAGGCCAAGCCGCAGUGUUACGGUCGCUGGUAUCUUCCUGCAGGUCGUAUGGAGGUGGGUGAGAGUAUCCACGAAGCUCUGUGCAGGGAGGUAAAGGAGGAGGCAGGUCUAGACUGUGAGCCAAUUACCAUGCUGCUGGUGGAGGAACAGGGACAGCAGUGGAUCCGCUUCACCUUCCUCGCCCAGGUCAAAGGUGGCAGCCUGAAGACGACUGCUGAAGCUGAUGCUGAGUCUCUGCAGGCUCAGUGGUGGGAUCGAGAAGCUCCUCUGUCCCUCCGUGGCCGGGACAUUUUGUCUCUCAUUGAUGCUGGAUUCAGGUAUCGAGAGACGGUUCGAUUUCCUGUUUGCCUGCCGGUCAACCUACCGUGCGCUGUGGUCUGUCAGAGACUGCUCCUCACCUUCAUCAGUAACACUCACUCUGAACCUUCUAAUGAGGAGAGUUUAUGGCUGCUUUUAACCAAUCACAGCACUGAUAGUGAGACACACACUGAUCUUCCUGUAGCUGUUUCAGAGAAAGCGUACCCAGUCACAGUGGCGACUUACAAACUUAUCCGGGAGUGCUUUCCUUCAUCCUGUAAGACACUAAACAUGAAUGUGCAUGGAAUUCUGGGAGUGCAGCAUGAUGGCAGAGUUCACGGGCAAACAGACGGCAUUUGUUUCAAUAUGCUUGUGGCCCUGGAUCAUGCAGAGGAUGAGGCGGUGCCUGGCAGUCCACCGCCACUGGAAAACAAGAGGUUUACAUGGCAAGAAGUGACCAAUCAGAUCCUGAAAAGGAAGAUACUGAGUAGGAUAAAGGACAGGACACUACUCCCAAUGAACAGCCUCUGAGACCUGGUUGUGAUGAGGGUAUCCUCAUUUUUAUUUCGUUUUUUCCCUCUCGACUCCACAUCUAUUAGCCGUUUAAUGCCGUUGCCCUUCCUGAUGCAACCCUUGUUGUUUUAUCCGAGCCUGGGACCAGCACUGAUAAAUAAUGCACCUCCCAAUGACUAUGCAGUUCAGCCAUCUCUGGCCAGCUAAGACAUAGCCAAUCAUGUCCGUGUAGACGCCCGACUGGCCGGUAACACUGCUCAAAUUUGGCAUAGUAAAAAACUCUAAGGUGACUGCUUGAAUUUACAGGUACAGUUCAGGAUUGGGCUGGUGAACACGGUUUGCUUUUACUUGUUGGCAGUCUUAUCUGCCAACUUAAUUAUCUUUUAAUUAACUAAUGUAAAGGCAAUUAGCAGUGGGCAGUUUUGCUAUAUGUAUUGUUCCUUAUUACCUCAUUAGCUCUUAAGUUCUAAUUGCAGCUUUGUUAGCGCCUACAGAGACAUGAUUGGCUAUGUCUGAGGGUGGGAGGUACAGUCAAAUACAAGGGAUUUCUCAUCGCUGCUGCAAUUGUGGCCUCUGCUGGCUGAGCGUCUGCACAGAGAUGGGAGAUAAUGGAGAUCAGUGCUGACUUUCCAUAUGCAGUACUGAUCCCUGUGUGAACCCGUCUUGCACAGAUUAAAUGUAAUGGACCUUCAUGAACCUGUAUUUAGAUGAUGAAUAUUAUCCAGUUUCAUUUUAAUACCUGUGUUCCUGUGAUAUUUGCACCAGUACAACAUGCAAGAACCACAACAGCCUGUUGAUGCACAUGAGCCGUCUGUACUCAGUAAUAGAGACUCAGAACAUCUUUAAUACUAAUGAUGGGGGUGUUGCAUAGUAAUAACAAUAGAUAACUAAAGUUGCAAUAGAUUAAAGACACCACACCUUCACUCUCACCUCCUGAAAGGAGAAAGGUCAGGAGGAGUCAAGACUACCAGACAUUUAAUGUUAUGAAAUAUAUAUAAAUAUAUGUAAUCAGUAUGUAUACAUACUCUAUCACACUGAAAAGAUGAUGAUGAAUAAACAAUACCAUUUAGCAUA